CGGGAAGUGUUUAAAAACUAAUGUAGGAAGUAUUUUUUUUGGUUUUGCCCAAUAGCGUACAUUUUUAUAUCUAAUUUGGAUCAAGGUUGAUCUCGAGAGGUUGAUCAUCUUUCACAUAAGUUAAGAAUUACUUGAUAAACAUGGAACAGUUAUAAUAAGAUUAUGUAAACACACUAGCAAGUACAAAGAUGCAUCACGAAGACCCAGUAGAAAACUCAGGUAAAAGUGACCAACGUCCGUACCAGAACUCCACAAAAGCCGGGUUUAAACAUUUAGAUCACGAGACGAAACAAAAAAUAAAUCAUCGUGUGAAAUCUCGUCCAGCAGAUAAAAUAAAACCAAAAGCAAAUUGUCGUUCAAAGGUUCAAACAAGCGUUUACGUUAAUGAUUUAUACGAACAACCUGUUUGCGAAAGUCCAGCUACUGCUUUAUCUGGAUCGAAUGUCCCAGGUUUACAGCAUACACUUUGGAGGCCCACUGGUGCCCAUACUAUACGGUCUCAUGCAUUUGCUCAAAGCAAUUCUUUUCAUGGCAAUAAUGAUGGUUUCAAUCGACCACUGGGCAGCAAUAUGAGUCACAACAGUUAUUCGUGUCAUAAAACCAACCCAGUUGCAUCACACUCAUCUUUAGAUCAAAGACAACAUCAAAAUUCUAAAGCUGGUUUAGUGGAAAGCUCUAUAAACCAUGGAUAUAGCAUGAAUAAUAAGUGUGAUUAUCCUCAAAAUGUUUUGGAAUCAGAUAGACACCAAUCGAUUCAACCUAUUAAUCAAUCUCAGAAAUUUCUAACUGCAAAACAACAACGCUGCGAUAUGUCAGCCAUGUGCCAAAAUUACCAGAGAAAAUAUGAAACUGCACCUUAUAUGUCUUAUACUGAUUACCUGAUGGAAUAUUCAAAAGCCUUAUGUUGUAUGCAGAAUGAAAUGUUGAUACAAGAUGAAAACCGUCGUUCAAAAUUAUCUACAAUAGAUGGAAACGAUUCAUUAUCAACACAAAGUAAAUACCAUGCGCACUUAAAUCAUAGUAAGAGUCAAAACCUUACUGGACGAAUACCUGUUGAUUGUAAAAGGUUAACUGAUGUAGCAAUAAAAACUCACCAGAACGAGGUAAAUACUUUAAACAAAAGUAGACUAUUACAAAACAAGCUAGGCCCUCAUAUUGUCUUAAACUCAGUUGGGUUGCCUGAUAGACCAUUUACAUUUCAAGACUACACACAUAUGGUGCCACAUAACCAAACAAUGAGCAGAGAAAAGAAUAGACACUUAGUUCAAGGUGGACAAUUAGUAACAAGUGUAAUGCAAGAUACAGAAGAUUCAAUAAGGAGGGUACCAUACAUUGUACCUAGAUGUAACUCAAAUUCACCUCAUUACCCUGCAAGAUGGACUUUAAGCACACGCAAUGAAAACGAAAGAAAGCACAGAAACAAAAAUCAGAUAAAAAAUUAUGAAAUGUGUUCAGAAACAAAAAGUUCAUGUAAUAAGGAACAGAUGGAUAAUGUCAACAAUAUAUGUGGGGGUAGUAAUGAAAUUUACACUAGUGAAAAUGCUGUUGAUGCAGUGACGCAAAAUGGCGUAGAUGACAAUUUUUCGAGUCAUCUGGAAUAUAGAAAAUCAGUAGUACCUUCAAUAAUGUAUCAGACGAUAUUCGAAAAACAAUUUUCACCAAAGCAAAGAAUGCUUCAAAAGUUUCAACAUGAAAUAAAAAGCCCAAAUACAGUUGCGAGAGAAACUGUUGACCCUGAUGAAGACGUUUCCAAGAAAACCACAUUUCAGCAUCAGAUUACAGUUGGGCAUCAACAAGCUAACGACCAGUUAAAUAAUUCUGAUUCAAUAUGUUUACCUUACGCUAUAAGAGAGAUUGGACAUUGUAAAGAAAAGCUUAUUGGAGAUUCAAAUCAUUUAACUCUAGAUGCAAGUAUCGAAGGUAGCUCAUCACUCACACAGGAAAACGAUCCGACUUCAAAAUAUAAUGAAAUAGCAAUUGAUAAGACAAACCACUUGAUUCUGGAGCCAGAGGAUCAGCUAAAUACGUCUACAAAAGCAACAGAAAUUAUGAUUGAAGAAUCCGUAGAAUCGAUCGAUGAAACAUUAAAAGAUGAUCGCACAAAAGUAUCUGAAAAACUAAGUUCACAGAAAGUUUUAACUUCGUCAACUAAGAUAAAGGAAAUUGUUGUGGAUUCAUCCGUAACCGAAGCAGUACCAACUGGAAACCAAAUGAAUGAAAACAAAGAAUCAACAAAUAUUGUUGACGAAACUAUUUCUGCGUCACCUGAUGAAACGUUGUCAGAUUCAUAUACUGUAGAAGAAUCGUUGCUUCUGGAGUCGAUACCUUUGUGUGACUCAAUCUCCUUAUCUUUAAAUUCAACUGUAAAUGAAUGGUCCGACGUACCAAUAACUGUAGGCGAAUCGGUUUCUGACAUUUUUGAACAGUCCGACAAGAGUAAGGAGGAAAAUGCUGAUACUUGUUCAAACGUAGAGAUGGCAGUGAUAGAAUCAAAUUCUGCCAUAAAAUAUACAGUUACGGAAAAGGAUGAAGCGAUUGCUACAGGGGAAUUAAAUAUAGAUGAUUCACAACAACCCGACAAUCAUAUCAAAUACUAUAUUAUUGAAAAUAUUGACGACAAAGACGAUAAUAACAAAUUUAUUUCAUUUCAACACCAGCUUUCGUUAGCUAAUAAAACAUUGGAUACAACAACCGAAAUAAGAGCAAGUGAAUUUAGUUCGGAAGUCAAAAAUGAUAUCGUAUCGUUAGAAAGCAAUAGUGUCAACAAAACAGUCUCAACAUUUAUCGAAUCACACAGUGAUCCACCAAAAUCAGCUGACGGUGUUGAACAUGUUGGCAAGUAUGACAACGAAAAAAACGAAUCUAAAACAGAACGUGUUGUUGAAGACAAUGGUAAUGAAGUGCUUUUACAAACAAACCCUUCAGAAGAGCCUGUUGAUGGGUUUAGAAAUAUGUCUUUACAGACAGAAAUAUUAAACGUUUGCACCGACGGCCAGGUCGGGGAUGACUCGUUUUUCGACUGCAUAGAAACCGAGGAAAGCUCUUUUUACCGUACAUGUCUGGAUCAAGAUGAACCUUCAAAAACUGAUAUUGUAUUUCAAAAUCUUUCCGCACAAUCUACUUUAACCAAUGAACAAAACAGUUAUUUGUUAGAUGCAAAGAUAGGCAAGCCUUCAUCAGAUCAUGAAUGUUUCAGGUCGCUAGAGGAAACCAUUGUGCAGCACUUAAAUAAGAGUAUCGAAAUAAUUAGUCAAAGUCCACCUCAAACUGUCGAUUCAACAAAUAUCAUGCAAAUACAGAAAAAUUUAGAAUGUUUCAAUCAGCGAAUUCAAUCUGCACCAAAUGAUGAGCUUCCUUUAUCACAUUCUCGUAAAGUUAUUUGGGAUAUUUUGCAGUUAUGCGGUUCAUGUAUGAUAGUAUCACAAGUAGCACUCGAUCGAUUAAAAUCAUUGGUUGGUAAAACAGUUAAAAAUCAACUCGGGUUUUACCCAGAUAUGUUUAUCGAUACUUUAACUAUAUUAUUCAAGCAAGCAUCUAUCGCAUCAACCAUGGCUUCAAAUAUCAGUGACGAUCUUUUCUUUGAACUUUCAAGCGACAAUAGUGAUAAUGAUUCACUUAAAGGAACAGAGAAACCUCUUCUUACAGAUAGUUCACCAACACUACAAAAUAGUGAAUCUGUUGACAUAAGGGAUACUGACUCGCCUAUUAUAACAGAGAAACCUCUUCCUAAAGAUAAUGCACCAACACUACAAAAUAGUGAAUCUGUUGAAAAAAGAGAUACUGACUCGCCUAUUAUAACAGAGAAACCUCUUCCUACAGAUAAUGCACCAAUACUACUGCAAAAUAGCGAAUCUGUUAAAAAAAGUGAUAAUGAUUCAUCUAUAGCAACCGAAAUACCUCUUUCUACAGAUAUCAUACCACCACUACCAACUGGCGAAUCUGUUGACAAUAGUGACAAUGAUUUAUCUAUAGCAACCUAUAUACCACUUUUUUCAAAUAUCACACCCCCACUACCAAAUUGCGAAUCUGUUGACAAUAGUGAUAUUGAUUUACCUAUUGCAAUAGAGAAACCUUUUCCAACAGAUAGUUCACCAACACUACUAAAUUGCAAAUCUGUUGACAAUAGUUAUAUUGAAUCACAUAUUGCAAUAGAGAAACCUUUUCCAACAGAUAAUUCACAAAUACUACCAAAUUGCGAAUCUGUAGACAAUAGUUAUAUUGAAUUACCUAUUGCAGUAGAGAAACCUUUUCCAACACUUCAGAAUGGGGAAUCUCCUGACAGCAUUGAAAUUUUGUCAAAGCAAGGAAAUACAAUUAUACAGCAUGAACUAUCAUCUGAAUGUGCAAAAAAUGGAACAAUAACGUAUGAAAACAACAAACCAUCUUGUUUUAAUAGCAACGAGGUAGAUGUAUCUAAAAAGCACCAAAAUCCUGAAAUUGAAAUUAUUGAGGAUGAAUAUGUCGAUAGAGAAAAUCCAAAUGAAACAUCGAUAUCGUUUUCAAACACUCAAGAUCAGUCUAUUCUGAUUAAUGGUGAAAGUAGGGUUAGACCAAUUGAAACAAAAAUCUCGCUAACAAACACAAACAACGAUCAUAUUGAUUUGACAAAUGAUGAAACGAAUUUAGAUGACAUUUCGAAUAACAAGAAAAGCUUUGAAACAUCAAACGAUAAUGUGAAAGCGGCAGAACUUUUAAUUUGUGAAGGACAAAAGGAUAGUACAAUAGAACUUAAACCAAACAAAAGGACUAUGUUUACAUAUCGUAAUGAAUAUUUUGAAUAUAAAAGAAAACGAAAAAUCAAAAGGCUUAGCGAGACAACAGCACAUAGAAGCCGACAGUCUAAAAGAGAUUUCUAUUGCAAAAGACGACCAAGGUCAUCAAACUUCGGAAAUUCAAAGUCCUGUCGUAAAUUGAAGAAAGAUUUAUUUGAAUUAGGUUCAAAGGAUAUGUUUCAUGGAAUUAAAGUCCCAAGUUCUAUAGUACUGAACUACAAUGAAGCUAGUCAGUUCUGUUGUCAUGUUGUUUUAACAAGAACUCCUGUCACUCAUACAAAGUUGGUGUCACAUGACCGGAAAAGGUCUAUCUGUAACAAACAAAAAUCAAAUACAGAUAUAUGGAGAGAGACUAAUAAAGAUGCUAACCUUGCAAAACAUGAAAGAUGCUUGAAUAGAAGUUCGUCAGAUAGUAAUUUGAUUAGCAAAUUCCUUGAAAAUAGUUAUAAAGACAAUGAAUAUUCUAAGUCAUUUCAAUCAAAACUAGAAAAUGAUAUGAAAAUUGGACCAUCAAUAACUUCCAUGAAGUUUUCUGGAAGACCAGACACCGUGAACAGUCGUCCAGACAAUCAAUCAAAUGAACGAUCAGCGUCAGAACAUGAAACGAAAAAAGUAUACCAUUACGAUUGCGAAACAUCUAAUAGGAAAGAACACGAAAUUGAGCAAAAUAUAUGUCAAAUCUACUCUAUAAAUAGUAUGGAUAACUCUAACUCAUUACAUAACUGUUCAACUGAAAAUAUCUUACCAGCACAUUCAAGUCCAAAAACAGAAUAUGAAAUUGUAAAAAAAUAUCCUGAACUCGAUGGUUGUUUUAAAACUACACAAGAUAAAAGAGAAUCUCGUGCUCACCCAAAAUUAGUACCGGAAUUAUUUCUUAGACGAGUUAUGAAUAAAACGUUUAAUCCUGAAAAUGUUAACGACAACAAUGUGAACUCCGAUAAAAAGUACGAAAAGAUAUAUUCAAUAAAUGAUGAAGAAAAAUCAUCUGAAAACAUUUCCGAUUCCGAUAUUUCUUCCAAGGAAAAUGAAGAUGUCGUGUUUAAUGAUAAAUCGAGUGUUCAGUACGAAGUUUUGAAAGAAGAGAAAAAAAUUGUCGGUAAUAAGGAAAAUGAUAGAUCACAUGUUAAGAACCAUAAACGAAAUAAUACAUUGCCUGGGAAACCAACAUCUAAUAUUCGUUCACACAGAAAAUUAUCAUUUGAAGAAGAAAUAUCUAGGCUUGAUUAUUCUAAUUCAAGAAAGAAGUCUGAAAAAGUGAAAACUUCUGAUAAAGGCGAUGGCUCGCUUCCGUUAGAAAAUGCAAAAUGUUCAAAAGAAAAGAAGAGAAUGAAUGGAGGUAGUAACACAUUUGCUGAGAGUGAUUAUAUAACUGAUAAAAAUAGUGCUUGUAAAAGACAAAAUCAUAAUUCAGCAACAGACAUGUAUAGUUUUAACAAAAGUAACACAUAUGAUAAGUGCAAAAGUGAUGACGCUAUAAACAAAACUUGUGCAAAUUUGGUAGCAAAUAAAAAGGAUGUCAAUGCCUUAGUUGAACAAAGACACAGAACAAGAAAACAUAAAAAGAAAACAAAACAUAAAAAUAACAAAGAAAUGGUCACGUGUUCACCAGUCAAGCAGGCUUCUUGUCCUCAAGAUCAUUUUGAAAAGUUGAAGAUGUCUUUUGAAAGAAAUAUUGGCAGUGACUUACCAAAAUGUCAGAAUCAAAGUUUUGUUAAGGGGCUUGUGACAAGUUUGCGCGAGAAAUUAUGUAACCAAACACCCAUUAAACCAUUAAAAAAAGUGAAUACACAGUCAUUCCUAAAUGACAGCGAAAAUCCUGCAGAAUCAUUCUGUAGAUCUCAGUUAAAACGCACCCUUUCUUGUACGAGAGAACAAUUGUCUCAUGAUACCCAGAAAAUAAAGGCUAUUGAUAAAAAUGACAAUAAUAAUGACAAUAAAAAGCAAACAUUAUCAAAUGAUGGUCAGGAAGACGAUUCAAAUGGAAAAACUAAUACAAGUCAAAUCCAAGAGAACAUAGAAGACAUGGCCAAUAAAAAACAACGACAAGAUUGUGCUACAAAGAAGAGUAAGAGGGAAGAUAAACACAUAAAGCUUCAGUUAUCUUCCAAAGACAAAGACAGAAAAGACUUCAGACCAAAUGCUACAAAAAAAUUGAAAAUGCAGAAGUCGACAAAGCGGUUGUCUUCAGAGCGUAUUCCAUCAAGUCAGGGUAGUCCUACCAAAAAAAUUAAGAUACGUAAUAAAGUGAAGGAAUCGUGUCUAAAUGAAUGCAAAGGCAAACGACAGCACAAAUCGCAGAGCCAACAAGAAAGCAAUUUAAAUUCAAAAUCUAGAAUGACUAUUGAAAAUAAAGAAACAAGCAAACAAUUAGAAAAUCUGGUUUGCGAGCGUACUGUUCAAAGAGUAUUUCAGGAUCGGAAAGAAGAAAUCCGAAACUGUCGUCAUAAACAAGAACCGAAUGAAAAACCCAACGAAUCAAAUAAAUCACAAGACGAUGUAGGUGAUACCAUAAACGGAAAUUUAAAACAGACCAGCGAACAUUCACGAUAUGUAUCGACGAAACAGGAGAAUGAGAUAUCUAGGAUUGGAAAAUGGUCAAAGCUGUCAGAUAUUUAUAAUGUCCAGCCGUUAGAUACAAGCGAUGAAGAAGAAGACCACACAGCAGAUACCAGCAUUUUGUUUUCACCAAUUCGAUUUCAUACCGAAUCAGGCGAUGAUCUGCCGUCUUUAAGUCUUCCUUCUAAGAAGUGGAAAAACAACAAGCACAUUGCUAAAAGAUGCCACAGAGUUGAUAUGAAUACCCACAAAGAAAUUCAGAAAAUUUUACGAGAGGUGGUGCCUCUGACUUGUAACGAUGGUAAACAAAAUGAUGCCGAUGAUGACGACGAUGACGCUAAAACGGUUACCGAUUUCAGUUACUUAGAACCAAAACAGAAAGUCAAACUAAGGAAAAGAUGGAAUAAAAUUUGUCUUACUAGCAAGAAAUCACAAAUAUACUCACCUCAGGAAUAUUUGACGGCUGCAGGAAGCAGUGUUAAUGAACAAGUCGAUGAGAAUGUUUUGCAACCAUAUUCCAGGAAUGGCUCGUCGUCAAAGUGUAUAGAUAGCAACGUAAAGAGCCAUGCUAUUAACAGUGCAUUUUUGUCAAGCUGUGAAGAAACAGACAAUACAGAGCAGUUAAUAGAGAAUGAUUUGCCCUCAACCUGUGCAGAAUUCAACACUAAAGAACAGUGUUGCAAGAAUGGGUUACAAACACAGUGUUUAUCAAAGAAAAAAGAAAUUGAUCUCAUAACAUCAGAACGAGAAGUAAUACCUUCGCACAGAAAGAGAGGACUUGUUUGUGUUCAGGAAUGUUUUACUGUGUUAGACAAAGUUUAUAACCACAAGCUGAGUGAACCUUUCCGUGAGGAGGUAAAAUCUAAUGAUGUACCUGACUACUAUAAGACUAUAAAGAGAGGAAUGUGCUAUGACAUGGUCGCUCAUAAGUUACGUAACGGUUUCUACAGUCAGAUGGAGGAAUUUGUGGAUGACAUGAGAUUAGUUUAUAGUAAUUGCUACCAGUACCAUGAGAAAAAUAGUGAUAUAUAUAAGGCUGGAGUUGAAAUGGAAACAUUUUUUGAAAAAAAGAUGUUAGAGACCUUUCCGUCCUUCAAAACGUCCGUGUGAUUACAAAGCAAUAUAAAGCUAGCUGUAAAUCGAGCAAAUUUUUUUAUUUUUUUUUUAUAGUUUUUAACUUUUUUUAACGAUGUAAUUGUUUGUAAUAUUUAACGUCAUUUUCUAUAUAGUUUGAAAAAUAAUGCAGUAACUAUGUUUUAUGCAAGCAGGAAACAUUUAAAGUGACGUUUUUAUGAUUUAAAAAAAGUAUGAAUUUAGCAAUAGAAACUUCCUGUAUGAUGAAUUGUUUGUUUGUUAUAUGUUUUGUAAAUCAUUUAUUUAGACAAAAGGCUUAUGCUGAGUACUUGUUGAAUACAAGUACUUCCGGUUUCCUGCGAGGAAGUAUCGUUAAAUACAAUGGGUAAAAUUAACAUCAUAUUCAACUGAUAAAAUUGAACAUGUCAAUUUAAUAUAUGAAUAAACAAUAUUCCAUUAUUCAAGUAAUUUCAAAGUAACAAUUUCGAAACAUGAAAAAUCUUGUGAGUUACAAUCUUGUGCUGUAACCAAGCAAACGCUCACAACAGUCAUUCUUUCUGGUCCUAAUAGUAAAAACGGUUAUUGGAAAUGUGUUGUAAAAAAAAGACCAUCGUCGACUGUUUUUUUAUCAGAUAUAAUCUAAAAUGAUCUCGAAGAAAGAAAACUGAUAUUAUCAGUUAUGUAUUUUGUUUUGUUUUAUGUAUCUAAAUGUGUAUAUAAUUUUUGUUUUAUUUGAUGUCACAUACAAGUUUUAAUAUUACAUGUACAAAGCCUUUUAAUCAACUUACAAUAUUAAGUUAUCGUAUAUCCUUGUACCGCAGGUUAUGAGUCGAACUUUAAGUGUGUUGGAAAUGAUAAUGACUCCAAGGAUUGAGACAGCUAUUUUUCAAUCAAAAAAAUAUUUCGAAAGUGAGUUUUAACUCACAAUUUUUAGUUACAACUGAUCUUUACCUGUUGUCACUCAGGUCUCUUUCUAUAUAAUAAAUGGAGUUAAUAUCAGGGGUUGAAGUCAUAAAACUUUGCUUAGUGCUCGGAGCACAACAAUCAUGCUCGAAACAUGAAAUCCAGCAUCUUCAUUGGUAGAUUUUUGAGUAAGAGUAAAAAAAAAAGAAUUUGAAUCUAUUUCAAUGUUACCAUUCGGUGCUAUUUAGAGCUUAAAAUAUUCGUGGGUGUUCGCCCAUCUUUAAAAACAUACUGAUUUUCAAAUAUAAGUAAAUUUUUGUUGUUGGGUUGCUGAAGUAAUGUUUUUUUGUAAUCAUUUAAAUGUAGAUAAGUAUACAUUACUAAUGUAUCAAAAGUUUAAAAGUGUCCCAACAGACGUGGUCCCAUUUUAAAGUUUGAUAACUUUUUUAUACAAAUAUAUGCAUAAUUAAAUUUGAAAGUUCGGAGAAAAAUUCACACAAAGUGCUCAAUUUAUUUUUGUACAUAGAUCUCAAAUGUGCCUGAAUAUAUUUUGAUAUUUUUUUGGUAUUUGAUCUUUAUCAAUAUUGUAAAUACUUUUGAUGGUUAAUCAUAAUGUUUCUUUCGUUGUUCUUUUUAAUAUUGGGUAAUGUUUGUAAUUCAUUAGUUGUGUACUUAUUGUUGAAUAUUCAUUGUUUAAUUUUAAAUUUAUCAUUUCUAUAAUAGAAGAAUAACAUAUAUUUUAUAUAUAUAUAGUCGAAUAGUGAAAAGUAGUAUUUAUAUAAUUUUAGUAUGAAAUCGUUAUUUGCAAUGUCAUAUAUUUUAUAGUUACAAUUGUUUUUGAAAAGGUUAUGAAAUUUAAUUCAAAGCUGUUAGAAGAUAGUUAUUCAAGUUUUCCUUGUUAGUAACCACUUUCAAAAGAAAAAAUACAUGAUAUUAUGGACAUACAUGGCAACGGUGUCUUUCCUUUACCAUUAAAUCAUUGGUUUGAAAAUAAAUGGGUUUUAUUUAAUUUGUACUGGGACAUCAUCACAAAAAAUUGUGUCCUUGCUAUAUCUCUUUAUAUAACUUUGGCGAUUCCUGUAAAAACAGUAAGUCGUGUUAACUUUGUAAACAGCAAAAUAUUGUGAAGAAAAUAAUUUAUCAAAAUAUGGUUAAAAUUGAAUAUUUUUCAUGCAUAACUGAAAUAUGAUAGUUGUUGCUUAAUAAAUACAUACCUAAUUGUUACAAACACUAACCUAAAUUCUUAACGAAUAUUACUUGUUAUUGUGUGCCUUAAUAUUGUUACAGAUGAAAAUCUAACAAACAUUUGCUGUGAUACCAGCUUGACUCUGAUUUUGUAGUUUUGUAAUCUUUUUACAUUCAACAUUCACCUUUAGUACUAUUUUAAAACACGAAAUCAUUGUUUAAGUAUCUAGACCAUUUAGUUGUUGUUUCAUAUGGUUACCAAUUUUGGUGCCAUCUUCGUGUAUUGAAAAUUGAAAUAAGUCCAAAUUUGUAUCAAUCAUCUAUAUGUUUUACCUUAACCCAAACCACUCAUAAUUUUUACGCACAAUUAAGGAAAUUCUUAAUAAAGGUAAUCUUUGAUGCUAGUCAUUCAUCUAUUUGAACAUAUAUUUACCUUUAUGAAAAUCUUACAAUAGUUGACCACUAUAGUCCCUGAAACAAAUCCUUUCCUAAGUUUCAAACACGAAAUACAGCUUCCAUAGUUCAGCUGGAGGGAAAUGCAGAAUAAAGUGCUUAUAUGAAAGCAGUUAUAACGUUCUCGUGAAAUGUUUGUAUGUACCUGAAUAACCCAUGCGGAGUGAAAAAUAUAACUGAUAUUAUAUUCUGUCGCAACUAGACAGAGUGGGUUUUUUCAUAAAUAGUAGUUUAAUUUAAUAAGAACUGCAUAAUUAGUUAAGUACAAAAAAGUUUUAAAAAAAAUGUAUAAAAAAAUCACCAGUCACUUCAAUUUGACCUAAACUUCUAAAUUCUUUUGUCAAUCAUUCUGUUAUUUUUUAAGAUACAUCUUUUGCCUCUGCAUCAUUUGGUCUUAUUUUUUUGUAUAUUUACUGUUAUUUAUUGCAGCUGCAGCGAUGCCUAAAUGAUAAUAUUUUAUACGUUCAUGUUUGUAUUUUGUGGUAUUUUAAAUAAAAUUAU